CGAUAGUAAGCUGCGUCUCUCUCCCUCUCUACAGCUUUGUUUGACGACAACUUGUGCUUUCGGUCUUCUCUCGCGAGUCGCCCACAUCUAGCAGCAAUGCCUACUCCCGAAUCGGCGGCCUUCCUGGCCAAGAAGCCCACCGUCCCGCCCACCUUCGACGGCGUCGACUACAAUGAUACGAAGCGCCUGAAGCAGGCCCAGGAUGCCAUUAUCCGCGAGCAAUGGGUCCGAGUUAUGAUGGGUCGCCUGGUGAGGGAGGAGUUGUCCAAGUGCUAUUAUAGGGAGGGCGUGAACCAUCUGGAGAAGUGCGGGCAUCUGAGAGAACGCUACCUCCAACUACUCUCCGAAAACCGUGUCCAGGGUUAUCUUUUCGAGCAGCAGAACCAUUUCGCGAACCAGCCAAAGCAAUGAGUUCUCCACCAGCAUUCUGUGAGCAGACCGGAGGGUACAAGCUAGAGCGAGCUGAUUUGGGGCUGAAAUGAUCUGGGCAGCGAGAGUUUUGGCAGGGCAGUGCGCUCGAGAACCGGAGAGCGAGUCAGUCAUGGUCGAACCGGGAAGGGGCUCCAUAACAUCGCGGGCCACCCUUUCAGACGUCCGGCUUCAGCAACCCCCAGAGGAGUGCUCGGGCCCUUUAAUGAGACUUACGAGCAGGCAUGUAAAUAUCAACAGAACUCAGCAACAACAGACACAUGGGGGACUAGAGGAAUAACAGGACUCAAUUCGGCCUCCCAUUUUUUU